AUGGCCCCGGAUACACUAUCGCUCGAAGGCAAGAUUGCUAUCGUCACUGGCUCAGGGAAAGAGAAUGGCAUUGGUGCCGCCAUAGCCACAGCGCUCGCUCGCAACGGCUGUUCCGUUGCCAUCAACCAUGUCUCUGAUGCUUCCGGUCAUCGGGCGGCAAAAGUAGAGGCCACUAUCAAGAGCCUUGGGGCUAGAGUUGUCACUAUCCAAGCGGACAUAUCCACCGUCGACGGCGCUAAGGAAAUCGUCAAAAGAACACUCAGCGCCUUCAACUCAUCCAAGAUAGAUAUUUUAGUGAACAACGCUGCCGUCGCAGCCCAUGGCAUAACGUUGGAUAUUUCGCCAGAAGCCAUGGAAAGAAUAUUCCGCGUUAACGUUUUCGGACCACUGUUCAUGAUUCAGGAAACGGUUCCCUUCAUGCCUCGAGGCGGCCGUAUCAUAAACACUGGGGCCACUGCAUCAAAGACGGGCUUUGUGCAUGAUCCUGUAUACGCUGCCAGCAAGGCCGCGAUGGAUCAGAUGUCAUUCGCCCUCUCUAUGGAACUCGGGCGUAAAUAUGGGCUAACUAUCAAUACUAUCGCGCCAGGCUCGGUCAAGACAGAUAAUUUCCCAGAUGAUCCCAAUUCUCCGGUAGUCCAGGCUUUCAUCGACUUAACUAGAGCGGAAGCUAGAGCUGGCAAUGUCGAGGAUAUUGCUGAUGUUGCGUUAUUUCUGGCCUCGGAAAAAAGCCGAUGGUUGACAGGACAAUACAUCUCAGCCAGCGGGGGCGUUACGGGCGGCUGA